AUGGCGGUCGGGCUUGGAGUGAGCCGGAUGCUACAUCUGCUCAUCAUCGGUCUGACGCUGCUUGCUCUGACUGUGGCCAUUCCUUCGGGCCAUCAUGGGCACCAACACACUCACCACCACAGGUCCUCUGACCUUGGCCCCCAGCUAGGAAGUCGUGAUGGGAAACCCUUUCCCUUACGUAUCAUGCCUCUCGGGGCUUCGAUCACCACGGGUCUCAAGUCAUCGGAUAAAAAUGGGUACCGUAAAGUGCUGCGCCAGCAACUCCGAUUUGCGGGAUGGGAGGUGAAUAUGGUUGGCUCCCUCAAAAGUGGGGACAUGAAGGACAAUGAUAACGAAGGGCAUUCCGGAUGGAUCAUUUCCGAGAUCGCCGAAGCCGCUGAAAGGACCAUUCCCAAGGCCCCUAACCUUAUUCUCAUCAAUGCUGGCACCAAUGAUGCGGUUAAGCCUAUCCACCCUGAUUCAGCGGGAGAAAGGAUGAAUAAAAUGCUCACUCGUCUAUAUGAUGCGAUUCCUGGAACGACCAUUAUUCUCUCGACACUACUACCCAAUAGGGACGACAAGGCACAGGCCAAUGUGGUCAAGAUUAAUGAGCAAUACCGGAAUAUCGCAGCUACGCGCAUUAAGGAAGGCGACCGUAUGGUGCUAGCCGAGAUGAGCGAUGGUUUUAUUCAAGUGUCAGAGCUCGUCGACGGUACUCAUCCGACAGAUAAAGGGUAUGAAAAGAUGGCCUCAGUAUGGUGGGCUGCAAUUCAGGAAGCGGAAUCCCGAGGGCUUUUACAAAAACCGAAGGACAUUGGAGAGAGUGACUGGGCCGAUACAACCUGCGAGAAAGAGUUCGGUAGUGGAAACAGCGGAGGGAAGGUGAAAACCCAACGCGGUAGUGGCUGGGAUGACGGUGACUAUAAGCAUGGUUCCCAGCACAUGGGGCAGAUCAAACAGAUUGGCAUCACUAAUUCAAAGGAGGAUACCCACCCAGGUAUCAAUUAUGCCCAGCUGGUCAAUCAGGGGGGUGCCCAUCGUGAGGGAGCUCUCGAUGAGCUUGUUUGGACUCGAGACGGUCUUGGGACUUGGAUGUAUCCUAAUAAUGGUAACGGCAAAUUCGGAAACCCCGUGAAGAUUGAUGUCAAGGAUAAUUGUCUUGCCCGAGGCGUACAUUGGGGUGAUCUGAACAAUGAUGGGUUGGAUGAUUUCAUCUGUAUCAGCAGGGAAGGUGCCAUGUAUGCCUCCAUUAACCAAGGAGGCAGCCCCCCUCAAUUCAAGUCCAUUGGGCUGGUCAGGGCUGCACCGGGAGGGGAUCUGGCUCAAGCCAACGUACGACUCGGUGAUAUUGACGGCGAUGGCCGUAUUGAUUACUGUCUGGCCAAGAACAAUGGUGAUAUCCAAUGCUGGAGAAAUGGAGGCCAGAAGGACGCCCCAACAAAGCAGUUUGGUGGCUAUUGGCAGGACUUAGGGGUCGUCUUUACUGGCAAGGGUAUGGGCGAUCUUAGAGGGGUCCAUCUGGUUGAUAUCAACGGUGACUUCCGCUCUGACUGGCUUUGGCUAGAUGAAGAGGGAAAGGUCACCACAUAUAUCAAUCAGCGUGGCUCAGGAAAGGGCAGUUUGGUCCCAGAAUGGCGACGGAUUGGUGUUACACAUGCGGGUAUGGGCGUGAAGGGUGCCAGAGACCGGAUCAAGUUCGGCCAGGUUUAUCCAGGAGGUGGCGCCGAUUACGUGUGGAUACAAUCCAUAAAGAAUGCGAAGACGUACAACCACUACACCAAUGUGUGGAAGAAUACAGGCAAGGGUGGAACCACUCUAAAGGCCGACGGCGAUUUCUACUGUGACUGGCGUGGCACUGGUGCAGAUGAUUAUAUCUGGGUCUCCCCUACCGGACGCGGUUUGCUCUAUGGCAAUAUCCAUAAGCCCCCUGUCUGGGUCCCGGAGGGCCCGGAAAUCUUCAACAUUGGAAGAGAACGCAAGAGUAUUCACCUGGCUGAUUUCGAUGGUGAUGGCAAGUGCGAUAUUUGGGCUGUCAACCGUGAGACUGGUGCGGCAGAAGUGUGGAUCAACAAUUGGAACGAUGAUAUUAAGGGUGGCUUCCUCACCUAUAAAGGGGUCAUUAGUGGAAACGUGAAAUGUACCGAAGGAUGGGGAGUUGGGCUUUAUGAUAUUGGCGUGAGGGUGGCUGAUCUAGAUGGUGACGGUCGCGCAGAUUACCUGUGUAUGGAACCGAAUGGACGAACCGUUGGAUGGUUGAACAAGGGUGUCAAUAACUUCCAGUCCCAGGGCCAAGUUAAACGCACCCAAGGAUAUGACCGGGCCAAUCAUCGCUGGGCCGAUGUAGACGGUGAUCGUCGCGUGGAUUUCCUGUGGGUCGACAAGUUCAAUGGCAAUACAUUGGUUUGGAUCAAUAAAGGUCCACAUCCUACCGCGGGGUCCAGUUGGAAGUGGGAGCUCCUGGACGGCCCACGGUAUCAAGGAUCAGAUAGAGGCGCGUACACGUGGUUCAAUACCUGCCCUGGAAGUGAUAGCAGCGCUGUGGAUGAUGGUGACCCGUCCAAAGACCCUGGAUUACCUCCAUACAACCCCCCUGGUCAGCCUACACCUACUGGCAAGCCACCAAUCACCCCGACUCCGACUGGUAAUGCGGGUGAUGAACCACCUAAGGGCUAUUAUGAACAUUGGCCCCUGGAUGAUAAGGCUCGCGAAGACGCCAUAUGCGGUGACAUGAACCAAUUGGAUAAAGCGUUGUGGAACGAGAUGGAUGCUGGGUCCUGGCUUAUCACCACAGCCGGGUGGUACCAGAAGCUUGCUCUGGAUCCGAAUAGUGACUUUCAGUGGCCGGGUGGCGACGGGGGUGCUGGUGGCAUAGCCCUCGCCCUUUCCGCAUAUCAGGGGCUUAAGAAUGACGGAACAUACGUAUGGGAUUGCGUAAAUCCCCGCGAGAAAUGCAAUGUGGAUAACCUGAGCAACGCGAACUUUUGCCGGGAUGGCCGUAUGUACCGAGUCCAGGCUCUACAUGCAGUCCGUAAUUUGGCGAGGUACCUCGGAAUUGUGCACAAAGUUAUGGGGGAUGUCUGGAACAGCAUGAGUUUCAAAACCGCCAGCAUGGUAACCAAAUACUCACAUUCCGGUGACAAGGACAGCGAUCUUGGUCCCGACGCUGGCCUAACUCUUGCAGCUGGUGUGGCCAGUAUUAUUGCCGGAUUCUUCGAGAGCUCUCUGGCGGGCAUACCGGCUGGAGUAGCAACAUUCGGGGCCGCCGCCGUGACGACACUGGAUGAAACUAGUGCAGACACUAUUCGGUUCAAGACAUAUGCGCAGCUAGGUGACAGAGCGGACGAGAUCAAAACUGCGGUUACCGGCAGUCUAGAUACAUUCUACAAGAAGCUCUUUCUGACUACACCCCCAGCUGAUCCUAAUUGGGUCACCCAACCCACGUCUAUACCGCGCAUAUUGCAAAGCGGUCAUUUCGCGGGCAUUGACAGUCUCAACCAGGAUAGUCCGGUGAUGCCGAAGAACGAGGAACUUAGAAAAUUUGCUGCUGCGCCGUUAAUUAACAUGUUGUGGAAAAAGGAUCUCGUCAUUGUUGUGAAAAUCGACAAUGAUUCUAUUUUCACUCGAGAUGGUUCAGCAUACCACCCUUGUGACAAGAACGGCGAUAUCGAUGAGAACCAAGACAGCACAGACUUCAAGUACUGCAACCCAGAUGGCAGUGCCUUCCUUCUGCUUAUCAAGGACGAACUACGGAGCUCGGCCCAUACGCCCGAAAUCAAACCCCCCAAGGGGAUUGCCGGACUGCAGGACGAAUACGGAUUCAACGGCCAUGAUGUCGCUCGAUCCGCCUACCUUAUCCAAAAGACGACAAACGAAUGGACGUCCUCAGUGGACGCAGGCUCAUACUUCAGUUGGAUUCCCCAGACCUCUGGGGCUGAUAUUCCUGCGUGGCAGAUGAUGAGGUGGAACCUGCCGUGCGUAUUGGAGAAAGUCAAGUAUGUUUGCGGGCGCCAGGCGGGUUGGCCAGAGGACUAUGUAUACACACCUUGGGGGUACCACGAGGGAAAGCCCUAUUCGGAGCCUUCAAGUCCUGAUGAUGUGGUCCAAUCCUUGAUGCGCGGUUGA